UCUCCAUGUCAAGAGGGUGGUACAUGCCAGCGUCACAGGGAAAGGAACUUCUCUGCUUGGGACUCUUCUGUACAUCUCUUCAUCAGACUAUGAAUUCAAAAUCUGUACCAUAUACUGUCUAACACGCAGGGCUUGGCCAAAGUGCAACAUGCUGUUCACCCUCUCCACCUGCCUCCUCUGGCUGACUCUCAGUGGCCUGCAGACCAUCCAGGCUGAGGAUUCCCACGAGAACAUGAGCACCAGAAGCCCUUAUCGGAACCUGGCUCCCAACAAUGCUGACUUUGCCUUCAGUCUUUUUAAGAACCUAGUGGCCUUGAAUCCCAACAAGGACAUCUUGAUCUCCCCUAUAAGCAUCUCAAUGGCCUUGUCUAUGCUGACUCUGGGUGCCGGCGGCCAUACACGCAGUCAGAUGCUUAAUGGCCUGGGCUUUAAAGUAGAUGAGAUUACAGAAACUGAGAUCCACAAGAGUUUCCAGCAUCUUCACGAUCUCCUCAGACUGUCAGAUAUGCACAUGGGCAGCACCUUGUUCCACAAUCAGAGCCUGAAUCUUAUGGAGCUAUUCUCAGCAGACACCAAACGGUACUAUGGAUUGGAGAACUUGCCCGUAGAUUUCCAGGACAGGGCCAGAAGCAGCAGUCAAAUCAAUGAGUAUAUUAAAGAUAAGACGCAGGGGGAAAUCUCAGACUUGUUCUUGGAGCUGGAGAGCACAGUCACUAUCAUCCUGAUCAACUAUGUCUUCUUCACAGGCACAUGGGAACAUAUCUUCAACCCAGAAGACACCAGGCUGGGGGACUUCUAUGUGGAUGAUACGACUGUGGUGCAGGUGCCCAUGAUGUUCCAGUCGAGCAACGUCAAGCACAUGUAUGACCCAGAGCUGGGCUGCUUGGUGGUGCAGCUGGACUACGUGGGCAACAGCACAGCCUUCCUCAUCCUCCCAGACAGGGAGCAGAUGGACACGGUCAGCCAGGCGCUGAGCCGAGAGACACUUGAUAGAUGGGCUUCAUCCAUGAUCAACAGUCGUGUAGAACUCUACGUCCCCAGACUCUCCCUGUCUGGCAACUAUGACCUCGGGGACAUCAUGAAGGCCACGGGCAUUGCAGAUUUAUGGAACAACCAGACUGAUCUGUCCCACAUCACCAGUAAUGUUCAGCAAAAGCUGUCAAAGGUGAUACACAAGACCAACCUGCGAAUCACUGAGAAAGGCAAGGAGGCUGCCGCGCCCCCAGUCUCCACCUCGGGAGGCCAGGGGGAGACCGCGCAGCUGACCAAAAUCCAAAUCAACCGGCCCUUCAUCCUCAUGAUCUUCGACAAUGUCUCCUGGAGCAGCCUCUUCCUGGGCAAGGUGGUGAAUCCAUCCUGAGGGCACAGUCACGGGCCUGGGCACUGGGACGCCCGGGACGUAACUGGCCAUGGGGGUUCCUCCAUUCUUCAGUUUCUCUUCUUGUAAUAAACUAG